GCAUUAAAUACCUGUUCAGCUGUUCUCCACUCUUCAGCUCCACAUUAACUUCUUUCCGGAUAAAUUUGCAGCCUUUUAUGAGACUGCACUGCUCGUAGUCCGAAGUUAUAUGGUGCAGAAUAUUAACUUUCCAUGAGGGAAGUCUGCAAGCCCACGAGAUCACGCAUGAUCUAUAAUCAUAUCUGCUACUCGCCUGUUCUUGAAGUUCUUCCUGAGAGAGCUCACAUGAUCCGUGUGCCUCAUCAACCUCUGAAACUGGCACAAAGAUUUGACCCAACCCAAGUAUGCGAUGAUGGCUCCAUUUUUCCUUCUUUUGUCUCCUACUAAUUGAGAGAUUGGCAAAAUUACAAAUUACAAAAUUUUGGAUGUAUUCUUAAGCAUGCUGAUAUAUAGUUGCAGGACACCUGAUUUCUCAAAUGCUCAAGUGUGCUUUACCCCCAAACAGACAAAGAAGGGAAAAAAAAUCAUCAUUAAUAUUUUAUCAGAAUGCAUUUUUAUCUAUAAUUUUUACCAAGAAGGAUUCUAGAUUUGUUCUUUUUUGAACACUUGAAAGAUUCAAAUGAUUGUUUUAGGAUGUAUGGUUGCUAACUACAAGUGUAUUUGAGGUGAAAGAAUCAUAUUGCAGCAAUAUUUAAAGUUAAAAAGAAUAACUGAAUUGCUCUUAGAUCAGCUUAAACAGUGAAAUAUGACAUUUAAUAUCAGAGAAGGUGAUGCAAAAUAUAGAAUAGAAAUACUUUUUUUUAAUAAAUAGGAGCUUAAAAUGUUUAAUUAAAAUAGCACUUUUUCAUAUGGUAAAAUGCUCAAUAUAUAAUCUAUUGGGUCAUUUAUUUAACUUAAAAGACAAAAUUGAGAAAUUUAAGUUUUGGAUUUUUUUGAUAAAUAGUCAAGAAAUUAGUACCUUGGAAUUAGUAUAUUGCAAAUUAGUGAACACAUGCAAAAGAGAGUUCAAGAUUUGGAUGCGACGCCGACCAUUGACCAAGCAAAGCAGAGAGAGGGAAAGAAAUAACCUCAGUAAAAACACAAAGCCCAAGGCGACCACCUGUUGCCCUCUCGUUUCCUGUUCCUUGUCUCUUACAAGUAUAACCCAAAGAGGAGAGAAGAGAAGGCACAUUGUAUUUUGAAAGGGGAAAAAAGAAAAUAAAAAACAAAGGCUGGUUUGAAGAGAUCAUGCAGCAGCACCUCAUGCAGAUGCAGCCCAUGAUGGCAGCUUAUGCUUCCCCAAAUCAAGUCACCACUGAUAUCAUACAGCAGGUGAUCCUUUUCCUCCUCAAAGUUCUCUCAUUCCUCUGCUGGGAUCUGUUUAUUGGAGUGUUUUUUGCAGUGCAGUGGGUGUUCAUCAGCUUUAUAUUGAAUGUUGGAUGGUAUCUGGAUGAGAACAAGCAAUUGAUUCUGGCUAUUCUAGACAACCAAAAUACAGGGAAAGCUGAAGAAUGUGCUGAAAACCAAGCAAAACUUCAAAGGAACCUCAUGUACCUCGCUGCCAUUGCAGACAGUCAACAAGCUCCGACCCUGACUCAGUUUCCUCCGAAUAGUAUGAUGCAAUCUGGCCCUCGAUACAUGCCACACCAGGCAGCCCAGCAGCUGACUCCUCAGUCCCUCUUGGCGGCCAGAACCUCCAUGCUCUAUCAGCAGUCGCCGAUUUCUUCUUUGCAGCAGCAAGCAGCGCUGCAUGGGCAGCUAGGAGCGAGCAGUGGCUUCAACAUCCUCCAUGGCGAAGCGAGUGUGGGAUUCCCCGACUUCGGCCGUGGCAAUUCAUCGAAGCAGGAAGGUGGGAGUGCAUUGUCGACGGAAGGUCGCGGCGGGAACUCAGCGAGGCAGAGUGGCGACGGCACGGAGUCUCUCUACUUGAAGGGCUCGGAGGAGGAAGGCAACUAGUAAUUAGUAAAAAAAGCUUGAUAGAUGUUAAAAAUGGCAGACUUGUUACUACUCCUUUUAAGUAGAUGGGUGUUUCGAACGGUUUUUCCGGGUUGCGUUGUAGGUUUUUCGUCGACGCCUAUGCUGUCUCAAUCUGCGAUAGAUUCUGUGUUGAUCUUGUUAUCUGUUUGCUGGGUGUGUUUGACGACUUUUUUGAGAAAGAAAACAAGUUUUAGUA